AUGAUUUGUCUUGAGACACAACAUUUUAAGCUCAAUCGACUUCUUUUACUUGUUAUCGGUUUAUGGCCUUACCAAGAAUCGAAGCUUGCUCAAAUUCAUUUUAUUGUAUUUUUUAGUAUUUUAACAACUUUUAUUGCAUUUCAGUUUACAACGUUUAUCACUUCAAAAUGUACUGCAGAUCUUAUCAUUAAAGUUUUGUCUUCUGCAUUCUUCUUUAUCUGUUUGACGAUUAAAUAUAGUUCGUUUCGGAUAAAUGCUAAAAUUGUGAAGUUAUCACUGGAAAGACUUCAGCAUACUUGUAACGAACUACAAAACGAAAACGAAAUUGCUAUUAUAGAAAAAUAUGGCAAUAUAGGAAAACUUUAUACAAGUUCAGUUCUAAUACUAGGUAUUUUCAUGUUUUUCAUCUUACCAAUAUGGCCUCUUAUUUUUGAUGUAAUUUUGCCUAUGAACUUUUCCCGAUCACGCCCUGCAAUACAAAUUACAACGGAAUAUUUUGUUAAUCAACAAAAUUAUUUCUAUUUGAUUCUUCUGCACACAAAUGCAGCAAUAUUCAUAGGUGGAACUGCAAUCAUAGCGACAGGAACAAUGUUAUUAGUGUAUUUCAAACAUAUUUGCGGAAUGUUUAACAUUGCCAGCAAAAGAAUUAUUUACAGUUUCCGUCUUGAGACGGCAAUGAUGAUUAAUAUGUUAAAAAAUGUUAAUCAAGAGAAAGAAACUUUAAUUUAUAAAAGGUUAAUCUAUGCAAUAGACAUUCAUCGCAAAGCUACAGAGUACUCCCAUUUCUUAAUAAAGAACUUUGAGGGAUCGUUCUUCUUUUUAAUAGCGGCUGGUACAAUUUGCCUAAGCAGCAGUCUUGUUCAACUUACAUCGUCUAUCAACAAUUUUGAGGAAUUACUACCACCUAUUAUAAUUAUAUUUGCCCUCUAUAUAUAUUUGCUUAUAUCUAACUAUACUGCACAACAAGUUAUGGAUCACAAUAAUUACGUAUUUGCCACUGUAUACAACGUUCAAUGGUAUGUAGCACCUUUACGUAUACAGAAAAUGCUAUUGUUUAUGUUGCAAAGAGGUACUAAAGCUUUUAACCUAAAUCUUGGUGGUUUAUUUGUGGGAUCUUUAGAAAGUGCUGCUAUGCUAACAAGUGCUUCGAUAUCUUACUUUACUGUUCUACAUUCCUCACAACAACAUUAGUAAUAUAC